AUGCCUCUAGACGACUUCAACAGCUUUGAUUUCGGCACUUUUGCAACUCCCAAUGUGCCCAGCUUCCCAGAUGGCCUAGCCAGUCUGCAGCAGCUGCAACCAGGCCAGCCUCAAGCAUAUGCGCCGCAGCAGCAAGGCCCCUAUGCUGUACCGCCCCAGGCUGGCACCAAGCGUCCAAGUGAUGCCGGCCACAGCCGCCAAAUCAGCUUCGAGGACCAGUCGCGGUUAGCGGCAGAGGAGGACAAGCGCAGACGGAACACGGCUGCCAGCGCCCGCUUCCGAAUUAAGAAGAAGGCUCGCGAGCAAGCACUUGAGAAGCGCGAGAAGGAGCUCAACGACGAAGUCACUCAGCUCAAGAACCGCAUCACCCACCUGGAGACGGAGAACAAGUGGUUGCGGGGCCUCGUCAUGGAAAAGACAGGCGCAAAGGAAUCGAAAUUCGACCCCAAACUGGCUGCUGCGCUCAAGGUGCUUGGCAAGGACUCGGAUUCUGAAGACGACAAGUCUGCAAAGUCCGAGGCAGGAGAAAUCGAGUGA